AUGCAGUCCAUUCUGAAGCCGGUCAUCGGGCCUAGAAAGGAAGUCCACGACCUAUCGGGUCGUGUAGCUUUGAUAACGGGAGGAGCCCUUGGUAUCGGAUAUGAAAUAGCCCGCGCGUUCGUGCUCAAUGGCGCCCGAGUGAUCAUGGUCAACCGCAAGGAAGACCAGGGUCAGGAUGCCAUUGAUAAGAUAAAAAAGGAAGCGGGUGCAGACGCCAAGAUUGAAUGGAUGCCAUGCGACAUGGGAAACUUGAAGCAGAUAAAGGAGGUCUUCACGGCUUUCCGUGAGCGGGAAGAGCGUCUUGAUCUGCUUUUGCGUUGUUAUGUUAACUCGCUCUCAAAAAAGCUUAUUCUCUCUGCGGGUAUCAAUGUCAAUCAGUACGGAGAGACUGUCGACCAUAUUGACCGGCAUUUCGAAGUCAACUGGCUGGGCCAGUUCUACGUGGUCAACCUGCUCUACCCGCUGCUCCGCAAGACGUCAAAAAUCCCCGACACCCCAGCUCCUCGCAUUGUGUUCGAGAGCUCUGAGCAGCAUCGCAAUGCUCCAUCAACCGUGCACUUUGGUUCUUUGGAUGAGAUCAACAACCCCGAGAUCGGCAGUACCGAAGUGUACGGACGAACGAAGCUGGCUAUUAUUUUAGGCGUCAAAUACGGACUCCUGGAUCGCGUCAUCAAACCGAAUAACGAUAACAUAUACGCACUUUCCGUCCAUCCUGGAACGGUCAACACAGCCAUGCAGCAACAGUGGAAGGAUGCAUAUCCUGGUCUCCUUGGCAAGGUCUUGACGACGGUAAUGCUGGCAGUCGGUAGAGAUGUCGAGCAGGGUUCCUUCUCUGCUCUAUAUGCGGCGACAAGCCCGGAAGUUGAAGAAAAAGGCUGGAACGGGUAUUACUUCUCAGACGUCGGCCAACCUGGAAAAGAAUCAAGUCAAGCUUCCGACCCAACAUUGGGAGCGGCACUGUGGGAUCUCAGUCAUCGCAUCAUUAAAGACAAAAUAGGCGAGGAUGCUUUUGUGGACUGGAACGCGGCCUAAAUUUAAGGUCUUGAACUGGCUAUUACUCUUGUCUAUAUAACCAGCGAUAAUGAGAACUGGUGCUAUGUUUCCACUUGCAGCUGA